GCACCCCUCCUCUCUAUGUAGGACUGUCCUCCACCCCCAACACCAACCCACAGCAACCUGAUACCGGAGACGAGCGGUCCAGACAAGCCUGCAAACGAGGCGUUCCCAGCCGCCCAGCCUGUCUGUCUGUCUGCCCGGCGGAGCUCAGAACCGUCAAUGCCAAACGCUGCAGACUGCCUGGGGGAAGAUCACACCGACAGAUAUCCAGUCCCUCAGUCCGGAGGAACGUUAAUAAUCUCCGUCUAUCGCCAACCACAACAGCUCAACGUUGGCGCCGAUGACUUGUGAAUUAUUAUUUUUUCCCAUAACGAAGAUCGUGAAAUGAGACGGGACGCGGAGAACUAACUGGCUAGCUGUUAGGCUAACAUCGGUUAGCUUCCAUAGCGGUCUGCUUGCAACCCAACCGAGCUAAUCGGCUAACGUUUAUAUGGCAAAUUUUUGUUAGUUAUGUCGACCGAUCGCGCAGUUUUUUGAAGCGAUCACCUGAGAAUGAUCUGCACGUAUGACAAGUAGUUGUGCAUCGGUUGUUUUUAGCGAUAUUUAGCUUCUUUGAUUAAGUUUUCCAGCACCAGACAGUCGCCCGAGGCAGCUAGCAUGCUAGCUAGCAGAUAUGGACGUUGUGGGCUGGCUAGUUGUAGAUGGCAGAUCCGCCAAACAAGUUAGCUCCUCGGUGUCCGGUCUGUGCGGGAGUCGAUAGCACGACCAACUUUUAUUGGCACUGAAUGUUGGUUAUCAAUCAAUCGAUCCCGACAAAACAGCAGCUCUUUUUCGCAUCGUUUCUCAAUGUGCUGUUCCGUGCCCGAGAGAUCAGUUCAAGUUAUUGAGCUGACGUGAAGAGGAAAAAGGGCUGAAAACAAACUGCGAAAUCAGAGGACCAGAAGAAGUAAAAACAAGACUUGAAGGAGCUCAAACUACGAGACCAAAGUCGGUGUAACGCUGUCAUGGCUGUGGGCCGAAUCACGAUGAAAUCACUCGCUAAUUUCGGGGUUUGCCUGGCGAUUCUCCUGACUUCUGUGGCGGCGGCGCAGGGCGAGGAGAGGGAGUGUGCCUUCACGGACCAGCAGCAGCAGUGGGAGGUGGAGCGAGUCGCGGGGGGCGAAGGCCGGGUCUCCCCAGAGAACACCACCAUCAGAUGCGCCAAGGGCAGCCACUGCUUUGGCCUGUGGGAGAAAAGCCCCCCAGGAGAAGUGCGACUCGUCAAACAAGGUUGCUGGACUCACCUGGGUGACCACCAGGGAUGCCGUGACGAGCGCUGUGUGGUGACCAACCUCCCCCCGCAGAUCCAGAACGGGACGUACCACUUCUGCUGCUGCGGCAGCGACAUGUGCAAUGUCAACUUCACAGAGGACUUUCCACCACCGAGCCCCACCACGGCACAACCCAUCUACCCUCGCACACUGCGCCACGAAGAGACAAUAAUUAUCGCCCUGGCAACCGUCUCCGUGCUGGCCGUGGUUGCUGUAGCAGCCUUCUUUGGUUAUCGCAUGAUGCACGGGGAUGGUAAACAAGGCCUCCACAACCUGAAUAUGAUGGAGGCUGCGGGCUCUGAGAGCUCUCUGGACCUGGACAAUCUCAAACUGCUGGAGCUGAUCGGGCGCGGCAGAUACGGCGCCGUCUACUGUGGCUCCCUGGAUGAGCGGCCUGUGGCUGUGAAGGUAUUCACUGCGGCCAACCGUCAGAACUUCCUGAAUGAAUGCUCCAUCUACCGGCUGCCGCUGCUGGAGCAUGACAACAUCGCCCGGUUUGUUGCCGCAGACGAGCGGACAGGCCCGGAGGGACGCACGGAGUACCUGCUGGUCAUGGACUACUACCCACAUGGCUCUCUGAGUCGCUACCUGAGCGUCCAGACCAACGAUUGGGUCAGCAGCUGCCGGCUUGCUCACUCUGUCACCCGGGGCCUGGCGUACCUGCACACGGAGCUCUUCAAAGGAGACUUGUACAAGCCGGCGGUUUCCCACAGGGACCUGAACAGCCGCAAUGUUCUCGUCAAGGCUGACGGAACGUGUGUCAUCAUCGAUUUCGGCCUGUCGAUGAAGCUGACGGGAAACAGGCCGGCGCGUCAUGGGGAGGAGGAAAACGCUGCUAUAAGUGAGGUGGGGACGAUCCGCUACAUGGCUCCAGAGGUCCUGGAGGGCGCGGUGAACCUGAGGGACUGUGAGUCGGCACUGAAGCAGGUGGAUAUGUACGCACUGGGCCUGAUCUACUGGGAGACCUUCAUGAGAUGCACUGACCUUUUCCCUGGAGAGUCCGUGCCAGAGUACCAGAUGGCCUUCCAGGCGGAGGCAGGAAACCACCCGACAUUUGAGGACAUGCAGGUCCUGGUAUCCAGGGAGAAGCAGCGGCCCAAAUUCCCCGAGGCCUGGAAAGAGAACAGUUUGGCGGUUCGCUCUUUGAAAGAGACGAUGGAGGACUGUUGGGACCAGGACGCAGAGGCCCGACUCACGGCACAGUGCGCCGAGGAACGGCUGGCAGAGCUGCUCCUCAUAUGGGACCGCUCCAAAUCUGUCAGCCCGACACUGAACCCCAUGUCCACCACGCUGCACAACGAGAGAAAUCGUAUGACGCCAAAGUCUGGCCCGUACACAGACCACCCUUCCACUUACAUUGAAGAGCACGAGGGUGUAGCCAAGAACACGCAGUCUGACACCACUGGCUCCGUCAGUGGUCGAGCCGGGCCCGGGACCGGAGAGAGGAACAGGAAUUCCAUCAACCAGGAGCGCCAGCAGCAAGCCAACGCCCGCCUGCCCAGCCCGGAGGGCAGCAGCACCAGUAUGGGCCUGAGAGGCAGCCCCUCAGCCUCCACUACAACCACCACUAUUAUCUCUGACUCUGAGGGCCCAGCAGGGACCGCCACAGUCCCUGUCUGCCUCCACCUGACCCAGGAAGACCUGGAAACCACCAAGCUUGACCCUAAAGAGGUAGACAAGAACCUAAAGGAGAGCUCAGACGAGAACCUGAUGGAGCACUCGCAGAAGCAGUUCUGCUCUCCAGAUCCGCUGAGCCCCGGCAGCUCCAGCCUCCUGUACCCCCUCAUCAAGAUGGCCAGCGAGGCCGCGGGCACGUCAGACCCCGCUGCCCCCAUGCCCACCACCAUCUUCCCCCUGCCCAAGCAGCAGAACCUGCCCAAGAGGCCGUCCAGUCUGCCCCUGCGCACCAAGCCCACCAAGAAGGAGUCCUCGUCUUCGCUCAGGUUCAAGUUUGGACGCUCGGGAAAGUCCAACCUGCGACAGGUGGAGGGGACAAAGAUGAACAUUGGUGCAGUAACGGGCACAAAUACAGUGGUAGAGGCCCAUCGGGGCACAGGCACAAACAACACGCCCACUCUACGAGACACGCACGUCAACGGUAGCGUUAAUGGCGCCGUCAACGGUCACGCCAGUGCCGGGAUCUCGUCCAUGGCUGCAGGCGGAGCUACAGGUUUCGGAGGAUCCAGCAUAACUCAAAACGGGUCCGCAGCCUUGAGGUCGGACGACAGCCGGCUGAGCCUCGGCGUCAUCACAGCCAGCCCCGACGAACACGAGCCGCUCCUGAGCCGCGAGCGAGAGCAGCCUGACCCGAGGGACACGUCGUCGAGCGUCGCAGCUCUCCGCUCAGCCCGACCCAACACGAACAACAACAACAGCAACACCGGCCACGGCCAGGGGGACGGGGAGAGCGGAGGAGAGAGCGACGGAGGAGAGGAGGAGGGGAGCGGGGAGGGAGGAAGCAGGGAAACCACGGGGCCCUCGGGAGAAAGCUCGGGCGCGGGGUCUGGCGUCGCUGUCCCCCAGGGGGAAGCUCCAGUUACCAUGAGAGGGGAGGCCCUGCUCAGGCAGCCCAGAGCCCGCAGGCCUGAGAGACCCAACUCCCUGGACCUGUCCUUCACAACACAGGAUCUGGCCUCACUAGGGGACGGUUUGGUACAGCCAGACGGAGCCUUGGGGACCGGAGACAAGAUCAAGAAGCGCGUCAAAACGCCUUAUUCGCUUAAAAAGUGGCGACCCUCCACCUGGGUCAUCUCCACAGACACCAGGGGGCCUGAGGUGAACAACAACGGCUCCUCCCGCGGGCCAGGUCACAGUCAGAACCGGCCUAAAUCCAGUUCGGCCAUCUACCUGCGGGGUGGGAGCUUGGCGAGCGAGCCCAGCGACACGCACGUGUGAACUCAGACCCCUUUGACAAGACUGGAUAAAAAAAAAAUAAGCAGAGCACGUUUGGUUUCUGUCGGUCGAGUUCUCUGCUCGAAAUCAGCAAGAGGAAGCUAUGGAGUGUCGCGUGAACAAACAGUGGAGUCUGAUCGUGUACAGUAAUUAGGCCUGUCUCACUCCUGUGUGUUUUCUGAUGACGGCAUUGCUUUAAAUGGAAUCCAGCUAUGCAGCAUUCUCAUCCGCUUCUGUUUUGCGCGUUUUAUUAAUCCUCCCUUUGUCUUUUUCUUUUCAUCCUCAUGAACAUAGCAAUCUUUUCAAUGGAUUUCUUUCUCUCUGUGUGCACUUUGAACCGACUAAAACCAGUGUUUUGAAGUCCUGUCUGUUGCGACCACAACGAGAAGUGGUCUCUAAACUUUAAAAAAAAAAAAAAAGGCGAUGAAAAACAAUCAACACUAUGAGCGUUCUCCGUCUCGCGCUUUGCUGUAUCGAGCAACGUUCGCGAGUAGGCUCUGUAAAAGAAUCGACGGUCUUAAAAGACAGAACAAACUAAUAUAAUUUUUUUUUUUUUUAAAUUCCUCGAUUUGUAUGCAAUACCAAUUUUUAUCUUUUUCGACUGUAUCCAUUUUUUUUGUAUCAUCAUUUUUAAUUGUGCAAUAGGAUGUAGCUUUUAGAUGCUUUUGAUGUUUUUAUCGCUUCCAUCAUUUUCGGUCAUCGUUUUGUCCCGUCGUUACUUUGAUAUGUUAAUCUCUGUUGCACUUAUGACUUGUCACAAUCGUUUUUGUAAACAAUCCAUCGUACACUAUCACCCCGAGUCAAGAGGAGAAAAAUGGAUGACAAUCCUCCUCUCGUUCCCUCUUCUCUGAACUAUUUUUAGGGGGGCACAAACACUAACAAUCAAUCCCAGCUGACUGGAAAAGUGGGGUUUUUUUGUGGAACUCCUCUGCUUGCACAAUUACACCAGGAAUGGCUCACACUUUGGGGUCUUUUAACACUACAAUCACCAGAAUCUAAUCUACGGAGGGAUCUGUUACAGUCACUCACUGUACCACUAUCGCCUGAUCUCACUGUGGACUGUUUUAGCUAUCUGUCUCUGACUGAAAGACCACAAACACCAGAACGCCCAGAUUCUUCUAUUUGAACUCUGUCGGAAAUCAGAAACUAGUCUAAAAAGAAACCAAACCCCUCUGAAGCACGCUGGAUAUUAUUUCUGCUUCUCGUUGUCUCAUCCUUUUGAUGUUUGAAUGACUGAUUUCUGUGUGUGUGAGCGUGCACGUGUUGUGUUCCUUUACGUCGGCGAGCAUUAGAAUUGUCGGGGGGGCCUAGCGCUGUACAGGCGUGCUGAAAUGUCAUUGUACUCAUUCUGUAUUUUCAGCGCUGCUUCAGGGCAUAUUAAAAUCUCAUUUAUGUUUUUGUAAUCUGUAAUUUGUAUGGAGAAAAAAAAAACAUACGUAUGUGUAUUGCAUUGAUAUUUGCAUCAUUUUUAUGGAAUUCUGUUUUGCAUUCAAUGGACAUGGCCUUUGAUUCCAUUGCUAUGCAUCUGCUCGGUACAGUUUCUGUAAACAUUUUCAAGUCAAUAUGAAAGAAAAAAACUCAAUAAAUGUAUGAAAUAAUU